AUGCUGCGUACACUGCUCCUCUUAUCCUCUAUCGCUGUAGUCAUUAUGGAAAUCGAUGCAUGGCGUGUAUGCAACUGGGAAGGCGAGUAUUGUGGCAGACUCAAAGCUUGUUGUCGAAAUCUAAUCUGCAAACAUGCACGAUGUGAGAGAACCAACAGUGAACAAUGUGCUGGAGAAGAAUGUCGUGGCCCGACAAAAUGUAUGCACCCGAAAUAUGAGAACACUAACAUUACUACCACUACCACUACUACUACUACCACUCCUACUCCUACUACUACUACUACUACUACUCCUACUACUACUACUACUACUACUACUACUACUACUACUACUAUCGAAGGUCGACCUGCAAGUGAAUGA